AUGGAUAACCUGUUUAUAUUUGAUUUGCCUACACAUUUACCCAAUGAGAUUCCAAAAGAACCAGAACUUACCUCUAAAAUCCAAAAUAAUGUGUCAGUGGGUAAUGAAACCAACAAUCAAAAUCAUCUGACUCAUCAUAAUGAUGAUGAUGAUGAUGACGAUGACAAAGAGGAAGAAAAUGAUGAACAUGAGGAAAAAGCACUUCCCAAGGCAUACACAAAUGAAACAAUAUAUAUUCAAGGUACAAAUAUUAGUUUACAAACUGAAGAAGAUAUAGCGAAAUGGAUAGAAGAAAGAAAACGAAAUUGGCCAACAAAUAAAAAUAUUGAACUUAAAAGGCAACAACAACAACAACAAAAGGAUAACGAUAACGAUAACGAUAUUAUCAAAACUGAUAACAUCAAUAAAAGGAAAAAUGACAAUGAAUCAUCCAAUACACUCACUAAAAAGCUGAAAAGUAUAAAUAUAUGUCGAUUUUAUCAACUUAAUAAAAAAUGUAAAUUUGGUAAUAAAUGUAAAAAUUUACAUGAACAACAACAACAACAACAUCAUCAAAAGCAAUCUAUAAAUGAAAAUCCUAUAACAUCAACUUAUAAUGAAUUAACUCAUUAUCGGAAAUUUAUUAAUGGAAUUCCUAUUUUAAUACCUAAAUUAUAUUCCAAUAGAACAGAAAAUACUUUGAUGAAUAAACUGUCAUUAUUUAAACAUCUUGUUAGUAAAGAUCAUAUGACUAAUGAAAAUGAAAAAGUAAUAGAAUUUAUUAAAUGGUUAAAUGACCAUGGUUUAAUAAAUCAUGAUGUUAUGAAAUAG